CAGAAGCGCUACUGCCGUCCCGGAGCGGACCAUGCCACGCUCACCCGUGCUCUUCCCGCUGCUGCUUCUGCUGCUGCCACCGCUGGCCCCAGGCCUCGGGCUCCUCCGCGCGGGCGUCCGGCGCCCAGAGUGCGGUCCGUGCCGGCCGGAGCGCUGUCCCACUCCCGCGCGCUGCCCGGCGCCCGGCAUUCCGGCGCGCGACGAGUGCGGCUGCUGCGUGCGCUGCCUGGGCGCGGAGGGCGCGAGCUGCGGGGGCCCGGCUGGCGAGCGCUGUGGCCCCGAGCUGGUGUGCGCGAGCCGCGCCGUGGGGGCCGCGCCCGAGGGUACCGGCCUCUGCGUGUGCGCGCAGCGCGGCGCCGUCUGCGGUUCCGACGGCCGCUCUUAUCCCAGCGUCUGCGCACUGCGCCUGCGCGCCCGGCACGCGCCUCGCGCGCACCCAGGCCACCUGCACAAGGUGCACGAUGGCCCCUGCGAAUUUGCUCCUGUGGUCGUCAUCCCGCCCCGAAGUGUUCACAACGUCACCGGGGCACGGGCGCACCUGUCCUGCGAGGUGAGGGCCGCGCCGCCCCCAGUCAUCACGUGGAGGAAGGUCACACAGUCUCCUGAGGGCACCCAGGUGCUGGAGGACCUGCCUGGGGACCAUGUCAACAUAGCUGUCCAGGUGCGAGGGGGCCCCUCCAACCACGAGGCCACAGCCUGGAUUUUGAUCAGCCCCCUGAGGAAGGAGGACGCGGGGGUGUACCAGUGCCACUCGGCCAACGCGCUGGGGGAGGCCCAGUCCCGGGGCACAGUGACGGUUAGUGACCUGCAUGUGUACGAAGCCCUCCGUUUCCCAGCUCCAGGUGACCGCAUGUGACAGUGUUCUUGGAAACACCGAUCACAGGACGACGGAAGAGUCAAGUCCUGGGUCGUUUUGCUCCGUGGCGAGUUGGAGAAACCGUGUUUUGUAGAAGACCCCUUUUGUAUGUUUUUAAAAGUUAGGUGCAGACUAGAUUCACAUGCAGAUGUGGUUUUUAGCAGGGCAAACACUGGGGAAACAGCCUGCAUGUGGUUUUUUAUACUUUAGAAAUGAAUUGCUCCCUGAGAAUUCUUUUUCUGACUGCUCCCCGCCGGGGAAGAUCAUGUCACAGUACACUGGGAACUCUAAAGGGCUGGAUGGGGCACGCGGCAGCUGCGACUCUCUACCUUAUUCGUCUGCGGCUGCUCAGUGGGGCUCGGGGACCGAGUGUGUGUUGUAGCAGAAAGGAGAGGGCCCUGCCAUCCCCUGCCUGGCCUCUCGCUUGCUGUGUGACCUGGACAGGUCCUUUCCCUCUCUGGGCCUUGGUCUCUUCACCUGCAACUGUGGCAUUUGGACUGGAUGCUCCCUGUGGCCCUUCCAGCCCUGCCAUGCUGGAGUAGGAUGGCCCUGUGCACAAAAUGCAGGAAGUGUGGUCUUAGCGUUCUUUUUAAACUGGUAUUUCCUCAGAAUCAAAGGCUAUUGCUUCAUACUCAGGUACAGACAGCUGGCUGUAGCUCUUCUCUCCCUGCCGGUUUCUCAUCUUAAAGAAACAUUUUACCCGACUCAGGGGCCCUGUGGCUGGGCGUCUGGGGACCGAGACGUCCACUUGUGAACAAGCCCAGCACUCUCUCACCCAGUGGGCAGCGGAGCCCUGGCUGUGCUCUCUCUGGGGGGUGGAACAGAGUGCAAUAGAACGUGUUUUACUUAGACAUGUUUUGACCUCACCCAGGAAUGAGGCUUGCUUUCUUUUUCUCAAUGAGGAAAGAAAGAAGAAAAAUAUUUGAUAUCUGGGAUUAAAAAAAAUAGAUAUCCUAGGCGAUUAAAGUUUUUAAAUUGGGAUCCCACAUGUGGAUAGUCUUUAAAGGUCAUGAAGCCAUCUGUGGCCACCCCCCAGCUCCCGGAUGGCAGGGAGGGCACGCACCAAUGCACUUCCCCCUUUGCAGAUGCAGAAAUGAGACCCCAGGAGCAAGGCACUUGCCCGAGGCCUGCAGGCCUCUGGUCCACGGGUUUCAGAGAUGCUGGUCCAGGCCCCUCUCUGCUUCGGAAGCACAGCCUCAUGCUGCCCACGGUGGGCGUGCCGUUUGGGGGUCCAUUUUGGAACUGCAUUUUCUGCCGUUAAGGCUGGCUGUCAGGGCAGCGUCGCCCUGACACACUGCACAGCAGGAGGCCGGCCUGGGACUCUGGAACCCUGAGGCCCAUUUGGGACCUCGGCCCUGGCUUGCUGUGUGACCCUGCGCCAGUUCCCUUCACUUUCUGCACCUCGGUUUCCUCACUGGAAUAAGCAAGGAAUGAAACUAGGUGGGUGGUUUUCAGACUCUAAAACAUUGGCACCCCUUCUUUGAAUACAAUUAGAAUUGAAACUGAUCAAAGUGGAAGCUCUUUCUGUUUGGAGGCUGGGGCUGUGGGGGUUCCUGCUCACAGCCCCUCUGCACUCAGCACCCCUGCCUCCCUAAUGGGCGGACAGACUCUCCUGAGAAGUAGGGGUGCUGAGGCCCCAGAGAAGGUAGUAGAACAGCGUGCAUCUUCGAAUACACACACUUCACGAAAUUGUUUGCAUCCCCUCAAAUGUGCCCAAUGGAAAUCGGAGCGCUGGCUGGAGGCCCAGAGAGCAGGGUGGAUGGAGCCCUGUAAGGACGCAGCUGUGCACGAAGACUGCUUGAGGCUGGGUUUACCGUCGUAAUUACAUGCAAAAAUAAUAUAAAUGUUACCCUGUCUGAAAUUUUCACCAAAACCAGAAACAUAACUGCCCCACCUUGACAACCUCUCAGUGGUGCGAGUCCCCGGGCCUCUGCGGAGGCUGGAAGAAUGUGUGCCGUGGCUGGUACUGUUUGGAAAUACCAUCCCCCAGAGAACCUGUGCUUUCUACCCUACUUUCAUAGAUGUGAUGACAUCUCACGAGCCCUGCCCCUGCAAAUAAAUGUUUUCAAGGACA